UUGAUCACAGGUUGAAUGUAACUGUAAUCAUUGACUGUGACAUCCAUAAGUUGACAUCUUGCUGUGCAAUCUUGCUAAGCUGAUCCUAAUCAAGGAUUGCCUAACGCUGCGGGAAGCAAUGGCGUUGCGGACAUCAUCCACGCAGGAGCGGGGAACCUGCAGCGUGUGGGUAGAACAGAUAUCUUUACAGAGCACGACAUACGAUUUUAAAUGCACAUACUAUUACCUGACGUUGUGGUUCUCGCUGGUGAAUCUGUUUUUUGGCGUACUGACAGCGUUCUUCUCCACUUCGAACCCCAAAGAUCUGCCCGGCGAUUUUACAUUAGGAUACAUCCUCAACGUGUGGGUGGUUGUCUGUAAUAGCUUCGGAGUACUUUAUACCGUGGGGAGAAGAAAAGCCUCACGCCACGUCAUUCGUGAACAAACCAUUAUUUCCUCGUCCAUCAGCCGGACAGCUGGUUUAAAGUUCUUGAAAGUCUGUAUGUCCUGGAUGAUUAUCAGCGUUCUCCUGGCACUGGAGCCGUUAUUAUGGGAGCUCUACAGGGCAGCGAAGGAAGAGCGGUCGUGCUAAUUUUUGUGGGGAAUCUUAACCUUAUUGUGGAAGGAACCUGCCUGUUCAUUGCCGCGGUAACCCUAAGACGGGAUCGUCUUCCGCUCACGUUCAGGAACUGGUGCAUCGGGACGACCAACGGUCCCGGAAAUACGUCGACCAGCAGUGCUGAAUUUUCACUUAGAUUUGUGGUUUUUUCCUGUGCCCUUGAGUUGCCGUAUGUGCUGCUGUCGUUGCCGUCAAUCGUUAUCUAUCAGAUCAGAGGUCACCAGGAAACCGGGAAAACUGUUUACUUUAUGCUCAUUUCCCGGUCAUGGAGAGUGAUGAGCAGCAUUUUCGGACUGUCUGGCUUAUUUCGCGGCCAACAAGUGGACGCACCGGCACCAUACACGCGGCAGCCUUCCCAGCCGGUUUUCUCAAGAUUCAUUCUCAUCUACGUAUGCUGUCAGAUCGUUCGAGCAUUGCUCAGUGUAGGUGCGCUCACGGAAGCAGCAUUAGACCCGUCAGCGGGGCAUAGCAGUAACCAAUGGACGAUGCUCGACGAAGGGCUCGCCCUUGGAAUGCAGGCCUGUCUGGCCGUGGUGGGCCUUUUGAUGCGUUUCUGUGGUACUGAUGUGCCCGCACCCGACGCAGUAAUCUCGCUGACCAUCAGCGCGCCACCUCCAUCUGAAACCCCGAACGACGCCAAUACUCCGCUCGCAGUCGUGGAGAACAUGUUGCCACUCACCAACACGACCACCGAAGACGUCCCGCCGUUCUCCGCAGUUACAAUACAACGGGAAUCGGAUCUUCCUCCUCCGUAUGCCGAAGUGAUGAAGGCGAACACAGGGAAAGGAAUGCGUGGGCCGUGCAAUGCAAGGCCGCUGUAACCGCCCAAAACGACCGGUCGCCUGAGUUGUCCGCCCGACGUUUUGGCCUCUAAACCGUCCGAAACGACGCUCGUAAAUUUUGCCCGUAUAUUCAUCAUUUUCACCGCUUCCUGAACCGACAGUAAGGCUGAGUGUGAGCGAUAACCACGUUUGCUACAGCCGCAAA